CUGAAAGGAACACAUGACAAAAACAUCAGCAUGGAAGUAGUUAUGAAAUCGCCUACUAAUUAAAGCUAAAAUCAGAACAGCCAUCGAUUAGGUUUUAAUGGACGAGGAGGAUGACUGCCCAGAGUUGGUCCCCAUCUCAGGAAAGCCUCUCACCUGGCGUGCAGCUACUUCGGUAUGACUGCCAGGUGUUGGGAAGACAACACUGUUGAAUUACAUUUUAAUGGAGCAACACAAUCAGAGAAUCGCUGUCGUACUCAAUGAAUUUGGUGAAGGAAGCGCUCUGGAGAAGUCUCUAGCCGUGCAGGAGAGCUGUAUGAGGAAUGGCUGGAGCUCAGGAACGGCUGCCUCUGCUGCUCCGUCAAGUAUAGUCACAGUCAUCCACGCAAAAUACGGAAUACAGGUCUAUGAAUGGUCUGGUCAAGAUUCUGGAAACGCUUACGUCAAGAAUUACCCACCAAACAAGGACCAAGCAGCG